AUGUACCUGAUCCAUGUUGAGACCCAAAAGCUCGUAUGGUUUAACGAAGUGAACGAUGAUCAGCGUUAUGCGAUUUUGUCACAUACCUGGAUUGACGGCUCCGAGGUGUCUUUUCAAGAAUGGAGAGACAAUUUGAUGGUGAGCACCAAAGAGAAGUCCGGGUAUUCCAAGAUAAUGGGAUGUUGCGAAAAAGCGAAGCAGGAUGGUUUAGCUUACGUAUGGGUUGACACAUGCUGCAUAGAUAAAUCGAGCAGCGCAGAGCUCUCCGAAGCUAUCAAUUCAAUGUUCAAAUGGUAUGAAGGUGCUGCUGUCUGUUACGCAUAUCUUUCCGACGUUCCGGGUCUAGCUGGUGCUGAGCUUUCGUUAUCUGCCAGCAGGUGGGUCACACGAGGCUGGACGUUGCAAGAACUUAUUGCACCCAACAAAAUGGAGUUCUUCGCAGCUGACUGGUCCCAUAUUGGAUCGAAGGAAACACUUUGCGACCAAAUCGCGGUGUCUUGUAAUAUUCAGAAGGAGUAUCUGAAUGGGACACGUGAUUUUCGGACUGCGAGUAUCGCUAAAAGGAUGUCCUGGGUUGCUUCGAGAAAGACAACUAGAAUCGAAGAUAUGGCUUAUUGCCUCCUGGGUAUCUUUGACAUCAACAUGCCAAUGAUUUAUGGCGAGGGCAAGAAAUCUUUCAGAAGACUACAAGAGGAAAUAAUCAAGUUAUACCCAGAGGAUCAUUCCAUCUACGCAUGGGGACUACCCGAAAAAUCUUCCGAUGUAUCGUUAAACACAGCACAGGCGACUGAGCAGGUUCGGGCUCGACAUCGAGCAUACAAAGAUCUAAUCACCGAACCACUCUUAGGGCUACUUGCAGAAUCGCCAAAACAGUUCUUGAACUCAGGUGAUGUGGUUCCGGUUCCCUGGAUUGGCCGCUUUUACAGAACGUGGCAAAAAGGCAGACCCAUGGCGACACCCGCAGUCUCCAUUGGCAAGAGCAUCAAGAUCGAUCUUCCUGUCACUCGUAUCAAGCGAUGGUCCAAGUACCGCUGGGACAACUUUGCAGAAGAUCAACAUCGUCGCGCCCUCGAGUCCGUUCUCCUUUGCACCACGUCUAAUAGUAAAAGACUCAUACACUUGCCGCUCAUAUCAUGGGGAGACGGAUAUUUUGGCCGCAUUCGGGAACUCACUACUGAUGAUGGAAUCAACAUGGAAAAGGAAGAUCCCUUUCCGCUGUUAAAAUUGUACCAAUCUCUACACAUAUGUGCUGAAAGAACGCCUCCAGUUCGGCCUCAAAUUUACGAUGUUGUCAUACGCGAGCUCGAGGUCUUUGAGCGAAAGGAGUUAUCUUUGUGGAGUUGUGUGACGAAUGAUGGUGUCGACUUGGAGCAGGAAUGGGUCGCUCGGGUACAUGGCCGACUAGAGAUGGAGUUCUUGGCCUACAACUUCACUUAUGGUUCGCUCGCGCCAGAGGGCUUUUCAGUUGUUCUGGGUCGUAGUCACCAGAACAGCAAUGAUUUGCCGGACUUUCACAUAUUCAUUGCUCAAUGGAAACCCCCUUUCAGAGGAAUCGUAUGGAACUCAAAACGUGAGGAACGCCAUCUUCUCAACUCAGGCUUGGGAUUGCAAACAAUACCAAGCCCCUUUCCAAAUGUCAAAAUUCAAGCCCAACUCGACAGAGUGGUAAAACCAAAUUGCGAUAAAAUGAAGGAUUGUUUUAUUGAUGUGAUCGAUCUUCAUGUUAAGGAGGACAGCAUGGACAGCCAGACCGCUGGUGCCAAUGUCAUACAUGUCACUGGAACCAUACAGACGACGUUGGAAGAUGAUUUACAGCCUUCCACCCACGAUGAUGAUGUACAACCUUCCGCCCGUGAUCGAUGGAAAUCCAAACUAUCCUUCAAAUCAAAAUGA